AUGCUCCAAAGUGGAUCCCUACCGGACCACAUCAUCCACAUGUACCAGGUGGAGAGUAAGAAGGCAAAGGAGGGGGUGAGGAAUUACCAAACCAAACUUAUCAAUUCUUUGUUCCAGAAGGGUGACGACGGCACGUACCGCCUCAUGACUGACAAGCACGAGUUCGAGCAGUAUCGAAAGGUCUUCCACCAGACCAUUGCGAAGGAUAAAGCGGAGGCUAUGCCCAAGACUUUGAUGUUGGCCAGCCACUUCCAUGGAAAUGAGCAGCUCAUGAAGCGAGCCUUGGACAAUGGCGAGCUGAUCUCGAAGGUUGAUCCUUCCUCCAAGCUUGAGUACCUCCAGUUCCGGAAGCUCUCGAGCAUCGAGGUCAGAGGAAACGAGGAGGCAGAGAAGGUCAAAGGAACUAAGAAGAUGUCCCAGGACCAGGCUCAUACCAUGGCCUCGCUGAUGAGCAAGCUCAAAUGGAAGUUCAGUUUGGCCAAGGCUGACGAAAAGGUUAUGGAUGAAACUGGAGACAUUCCGGAAAGCAUCAAGAAAUUGGCAGCAAAGGCAAAGGACGCCUGCGAGCGCUUGCUGGAAGAUGGAAGCAAGCUGGUGACAUCCAAGGAUCUUCAGCCUGUGGUCAAAGAGGGCUACAAGACAUUGUCUUGCGACAUUACCAACUUGCAGAAUUUGCUGAUGUUUGGUGAGUUGCCUGAAAGAGCUACGGUGAACCGUGUCAGCUUGGAGAACUUCAUCGGAGGCAUCGCGCAGGACGUGGAGAAGUAUAACUUGGAGAUCCAGGCCGCGAAGGGCACCACACCGUCCAUGUUGAUCUGGGUCUGGGGUUUUUUCGAUAAGCUCAAGAUUGGCGACCAAACCACUGGAACAUUGUUCGAGUUCUACACGGUGUUGAAGUGGAGUUUCUCAUGCUUAGCUGAAGGAAGGUACCCAGCAGGGUCGGUGGAGGCUAACAGGGCAGGUUCUUUCCUAGCCGACGGCUUCAAGGCCGUAUUAUGGGCUUUGACGGGGGACUUAGACUACUUCCAUGCGAUGCUGGGAACCCCAAACUACUCUGCAGCAGGUGGACCAUGCAUGCAUUGCCGAUGCACAUUGACAGGGCCGAACACCUGGACUGACUUCAGGGAUGAAGCUUUAUGGAGAACAAGUCGCUGGCAAGGUGAAACAUGGCGAGCCUGGGAAGGACGUACACAGUGCGUGUUGCUGACCCUGCCUGGUGCCUCCUGCUGGACAAUUGCUUAUGACUGGGUUCAUGUGAAAUACCUCGGUGUGGACCAGUACAUCUUCGGAUCGGUCCUAUCAGUCUUGGUGUCCAUGGUCAUGCCGAACGAUGAGAACACGAACUUGGAAAACUGCUUGGCUUUUUUGAAAGAUUAUUUCAAAAGACAUUCCACCCCUACGCCUUUUAGGUAUCUAACAAAACUGACCAUGUUUGUACGAACCGGUAAGUAUCCAAAACUGAGAGGGAAGGAUUCCGAGGUGCGGCAUUUUGGUCCAGCUUUGCUAGCCUUGUGGAACAUGCACAUGAACCAGAACUUGGCCUUGCACAAACGCAUUUCUCUAAUGUUAAAGCACAACGUUCACCUGGAAGAGAUGAUUACCUUGCACAACGAAGACUUUUCUUUCCCAGCUGGAGCAGCCGAAGAUUUUCAGAAAACGGCUUCGGGCAUGUUAGUACUUUUGAACCAGAUUGCGGACCACUUCGUGGACGAAGGGGUGAAAUGCUUCGACAUCACCAGCAAAACCCACAUGCUUCAAGAGUUAGCUAUGUUGAGCCGAUCAAUGAAUCCAAAGGUGGUAUGGUGCUUCAUGGGUGAAGAUCAAAUGCAGCGCAUGCAACAAGUUGCAAAGGCAUGUGUUCGUGGCAACCGGGUCGACAAACAGACUUCAAAGUUGGCUCGCCACUAUCGCUUAGGAUUGCAUUUGCACUUUCUCCAGCUGGCUCUUUGA